UAAAUGGAGAGCUUGAUUUCGCACGUCUGCACUCUUUGAGAUCUGAUUACUGACUUGAUAUUUUUUGAAGGAGCAAUUUGGAAGUGCAACAGAUGGAAUAUCCAGUUCAGGACAUGGUUCAAUCAAUUCUCUUUUGGCCACCUUUGGUAAGACUUGAGCAGUUGAGAUCCGUAUUUCGAACAGGAAACAGGAAAGAAAUUUCAUGCAGCCUCUUAAUUUCGAAAUUCUUUGUUCGUUGCUCUGCUCUUUUUGUUCUUAUGAUCGGAAAGGGUUACUGGCAGCCUUAAAUUAAUGCUCAGGAAAUUUACGCAUAAAAUGAAGAAGAAUCCAAUGCCAAAGAAAAAUUUGAAAUUAAGAGUUUUGUGACAUUUUACCACCUGUUUUUGUCUUAUCCUGUGAUUCUUGUACCUUGUACUUUGUCUUUUUGAGCCAACUGCAGUUGUCAAGCAAGGAAAAGUUUUCAUUGACUUGAGUAUGAUGCAUCAAAUUUCCAAAGUCUCCUCAUUUCCAUUACUCAAGGCAUAGGGUUGUAAUAUUCAAAUCUUUAUGAUUUUUUAUGAAUAUCGGAAAUGAGGAGACUUUGGAAAUUUGAUGCAUCAUACUCAAGUCAAAGAAAGAUUUUCCUUGCUUGAAAACUGCACUGAAUCAGAUGAUGAGAAGAUGUCAACACUAAAGUAGCAAAUGCAACGAGAUUUAAAACCAAGAACACCCUCCGAGUAGUUAUGAGCAAGCACAAUUUUAACCCUUUCAUUGUUCAUAAUAUGCAAGAUGGAAAUAGCAAAAAAUGGCAAUUUCUGUUGAGCCUUAAGUUUUUUCAGCUCUCACGAGAUAAGCAAAUAAUCAAAUCAAAUUAUAGACCAUUCUGGGAGCUGAAAAGGAACGAGUAAAGAGUUACACAAUUUUAAAAUGUAACGAAAAUACAGUUCCAUUUUCGAAAAAUGGAAUGAUUUACUGUAAUUUCGUUCAUUAUGCCCUGCUUAUUAUUAUCAUUUGCUCAUUUAAAAUUAUUUGCUAAAUAACUAGUGCUGAAUGUUAAGAAGACAAAUCUCAUUGUAUUUAGUCCUCGAAAUGCAUUUCAUACUUUUGACUUUAAUUUGACGUUAAACGGACACAAUAUCCAACAAAUUGGAUUCCACUUUAGCACCAAGACGAUUCGAUUUUUAGGCAUUAACAUUGACGACCACUUAAACUGGAAGGAGCACAUUCGUCUAGUCAGCAACUCCGUCAGAAAAACCAUGUUCACUCUUUUUAUGGUGAAGCAAGCAAUAACAACAAAACUCAUAUAUACUUUGUACAACGCCCUAGUCAAAAGUCGGCUAGAGUAUGGUAUUGAAUUCUUUGAAGAAAGUUCGGCCAUCAAAAGUCUAGGCGUCCUUCAAAAAAGGGUUAUGAGAUGGAUGGUAGGAGCAAAGUCGUGCUCUCACACCAAUCAAAUUUUUAAAAAUUGGAUGAUAUUAAAAGUAAAAGAUUUAGUAAAAGCAAACCAUCUUAAAUUCAUCUACAAUUGCUAUCGUGGUUACGUUCCACAAAUGAUAGACUCGCAUGAAUUUAAGAAAAUGAGAGGGGGCAUUAUUCGUUUUAACUUACCAUUAGCGCAGUUGAAUUGGUACCAACCACUUCCCAUAUACGCUCUCCCUAAGACUUUGAAUCAAUUCAUUGCUGAUAACAAGAUAAAAUUGGAAAACUUACCCACUACAAGCAAAUGAUGGAUCGGAUAUGUCACUGAAAUGAUCACUGCCUCGUACUCAACAUCCGGGUCACAGGGGCCCCAAGGGCAUGCGAGGUCCCGUCAGGAGGCACGGUUGUCUGACCCGGGUUGUCUGAAUCGCCGUCCGGUGCAUUUGGUGCGACCGAGCUUUGAUAUGGAAGUGGGGCUGUCUGGAGUUGUGGGCGGGGAUGGUGCUCUCGCUGCAAGUUGUGAUUGAGGGAUGCCAUCCUGGCUCUUCUGGUGGAAGUGGAGAUGACGAUUGGUGUUGGGUCAGUACCAGGUCCCAAGGGUGCCUCACUGGUUUGGAUGAUGGUCGGCGUGUCGAAUGCAGACCUGAUUUGUUUCCGGACAGUGGACUCAAUAAGUAUGUCCGUGGAGCCUUUCUAGUACAAUGAAGUGGUCGGGCAUGUAAACUGGGAUGAAUGUGCUUCGUCGGGUUUUGUUUACCACCCAUACCGGAUCGUCCCGGUGGAACAGGUGAGGUUUCCGAUAAUUUGACUUUGUAGCGCGUGUUUGCCGGUGGUUGUGCUCUUUUUGUCGUAGAUGAGAUAGCUGCGGGUUGCCCCCCUUGAACUUCAUGGAUGUGGAUGGUGCCACUCCGGAGGCCACAUGAGGAGUAUCCCGGUAGUCUGCGAUGGCUGUGGCUAGAGCAUGCUCCAUGCCGGCGGGUGUCUGGUCCGAUAACUUGAUGGCCUUUCCAACUAGCUUUAUAGCGCACUCCGCCGGAUUGCUCUGUGGGUGGUGCGGGGGCGAAAAUGAAUGCGCCAUGCCGUUCCCUCAAACAUAUUGGCCAAAGAAGUGGCUGGAGAAGGCCGUGACGUUGUUUGUCCGUAGUUUUUUAGGUGUGCCAUAUUUAGUGAAGAUGGAUCUCAGUGCUCCAAUGGUGUGUUCAGUGGAGGGUGACCGUACCAUCACUGCUGCCACGAAUCGCGUCAGAUCGCAUGUUGUUACGAGGAUGUGUCUACCAUCUGGAAUGGGGCCAAAAUGGUCGGCUGACACAGAGUGCCAUGGCGAUGGCGGUGGGUCACGUUUGAGGGCCGUGUUACCUGAGGCAGCCGGAAACCAAAACACAGCCCGCAUUCGGCGUUUUGUGGCGGAUAUACGCAGAUGCGCGGCUCCAUGGGCCAACUCCAGGGUCCUCUGGCGUAAAUCAAGAGGCAGUACUAUUUGGGAACCCCGGAACACGGCUCCUCUUUUUGCCACCGAAAGUUCGUUCAGGACGUGGCGAUAUCUACGAGUGAUUGCGGGUAGUGGGUCCAUUUUCCCGUUUUGGACAUAUUUGGCGAGUGCGGAUAUCUCUGAACAGGACUUGGCAGAGGAUGCAAUGUUCUUGGGUCCUAUGGUUGACGUGAUGCCGCCGUUUUGGAUGUGGUACAAUAAACGCUCCGCUUCUUCCGUCUCGUUUCUGAUAUUGCGUGGGAGCUUCGUCCAUGGAACUGGGCUUCUAGAGCAGAAGUCGGUCGGGUUGGUUGUUCCUUUGAGGUGAUGGAUACUGUAUGGGAUGUCCAGAUGCCUUAGUUUGAUGCGCUUGAUUCUGACCGAUCCUUGUCUGGAGUUUUGGAAGAUGGCAAUGAGGGGUUUGUGGUCUGAGUGAACCCUGACCCUGGGGUUCCCUAUGAGGUGUUGAUGGAAUCUCCUCAGAUCGAAGUCUAUUGCAAUUGCUUCCAGGUUGAGUUGGGGGUACUGCUUCUCUGUAUUUGACGUUGCUCGGGAUACUACGGCUAUGGCUUGGCCCGUAACUAGUCCUUUGCCUUGUGCCAGAAUAGCGCAAAGGCCAUGGAUGUGCGCGUCCACAAUGACGUGUGUAGUGAGCUCGGGGUUGAAGUAUGCCAGACUGAUAGAACCAAUAAGGUACAAGAUAUCCAACUGCACAUUUGAAAAACUUUACCCACGUUCAACUGGAUAUGCUCAUCAAAUUUUCCAUGAUUUUGGAGGACUACACGGUUGUUUUUUUUUUGCUUUAUUUUUGCAAGCAACCCAGGGCGCUUGAUAAGGAUUCAAUCAAAACUAAGUAAGAGGUGAACCACCAUCAGUGCUACAUGAUGUGGUGAUUCAUUACCAAACUGGUGAUUUCACAAGUAAUUUUGGGACAAAAUUUUGCACCUGGUGAUUGGUGAUUUACAGCAAAAAGUAUCUCGAAAUCUGGUGAUUUUGAAAAAUCCGAAAAAUCCAACUUUG